UGACAGAAUUACAAAGAUAAUAUGAUGAUCAUAAUUGAGCAGUGGAGAAGGGAUAGGACUACAUAAACUGUUGCUUCUUCCUACUCCUUUUCGGUUAUGUAUAUGUUACGAUUAUUUUGUUUCGUUAUUUUUUUGUUUAUUAGCUAAAAUUGUAUUAUUUGUACAUGUUCGAAAUAAAGCUUUUCAUUCAUUCAUUGUGUGACGUCACGGUGUCUACAAUCAUGUUCAUUUAAGUGGAGCAGCUAAUGUGUGAUCAUUAACAUCUGGUGUGAUGAUGUCUCAUGAAUCACUCUUUCUCAGAAGUUCACAGAUGUUGAUGCAACCAUAAAGCGGCCGUUUUGACGUCAAGAUGGGAGGAGUUGUGCGGUGACGUCACAGCGGGGCGCGGCAGGGUUUAUGUGUGCGAGGCUCGCGCAGGACACUCAGAGCCGAGGGCACGUGAAACUUUCACUGAUCGGACACUCCGGUGUGUUGUUGGUAUUGCUCAGUGGUCGGGAUGGUUUAUUUCUCAUGAUGAAGCUUCUCGUUCUGGAGCUCGAUUAGCAGGUGAGAUUCCGCGCGCGGACAAAGAGAGAGAGACCCACGUUGUUUUGAUGGCUGCUGUGAUCUUCGCGCUGCUGUUUCUCCUCAUUUCUUCUCCCGUCAUCAGCCCGCGGGUCACCGGCGCGCAGCGGCUGCCCGACAUCAUUGUUAUCGGGGUGAGGAAGGGCGGGACGCGCGCGCUGAUCGAGAUGUUGAAACUUCACGCAUCUGUCGUCGCCGCGCACAACGAAGUUCACUUCUUCGACUGGGACAGUCACUACCAGCGCGGGCUGGACUGGUACCGUUCACAGAUGCCGUACGCCCAGCCGGGUCUGCUGACGGUGGAGAAGACACCCGCCUACUUCACCUCCGUCAAAGCACCCGAGCGCGUCCUGCGCAUGAAGCCGGACGUCAAACUGCUGCUGAUCGUGCGGGACCCGACGACGCGUCUGCUGUCCGAUUACACGCAGGUGUUCCACAACCAGCUGGCGAAACACAAACGCCCGCUGCCGCUCGAGACUCUGCUCAUGCGCGAGGGUGAGUUGAACCCGAACUACAAGCCCUUGAACCGCAGCCUGUAUCACGUGCAUCUGGAGCGCUGGCUCGCCGUGUUCUCCGUAGACAGCAUCCACCUGGUGGACGGUGACGCGCUGAUUCAACACCCGCUACCGGAAAUAAAGAAGGUGGAGAAGUUCCUAAAGCUCGAGCCGCAGAUAAACGCCUCUAACUUUUACUUCAACGCGACGCGCGGGUUUUAUUGUCUGCGCGCGCGCGGGCGGGACCGAUGCCUGCACGGGUCGAAGGGCCGCAAACAUCCGCCGGUGGAUCCGGACAUCCUGCAGAAACUCUACGAGUACUUCCGUGAACCCAACCGGAGGUUCUUCGAUCUGGUGGGACGAACCUUUGACUGGAAGUGAGAGACGAAAACCCCCAAAACCAAACGGGGUGAAUGAACAAACGGUGCUGAAGGGAAGGAACAUAACUGGAAAAUAAACGCAAGGUUUGAUGUGUAUGUCAAUAUGAAAUCAUUCACAAUAAUCCCUUAUGAAAACUAUUUCAACAAAAAAUGUAUUUGUGGUAAAACAUUUAUUUUCUCUUGGAUAACAGUAUUAGCAUUGACAAUGAUAUUGAACAGUAAGCAGUCCGUACACAGAUAUGUGGACACACGUUCUUUAUGAAGUCAGUACGUGAAGCUUAAUUUACUGCUGCUACAUUAUUAAAUGUUUAUUUUUUUCUUUAAAUCAUUCAGCAUUACAAAAACCUCACUGUAUAUGCUAGUUUAUAUGUUCUCUUAUGUCAAAUAUUUUUUAAAUGAAGGAAGAUUAUAUUAAUAAAGUAUUUUUGUUAUCA